CCAAAAUGUGGUUGCUCUUGACAGUGGCAAGUCUGGUGUCUGCAUUUGGAACCACACAUGGUUUAUUUGGAAAAUUGACACCUGACAGCCCGGAAGUGACUAUGAAUAUCAGUCAGAUGAUAUCCUUCUGGGGAUACCCAAGUGAAGAAUAUGACGUUGUGACUGAAGAUGGUUAUAUUCUUGGGGUUUACAGGAUUCCCCAUGGAAAGAAGAAUUCAGGGAAUAGAGACCACAGACCUGUAGUGUUUUUGCAGCAUGGUUUGCUCACAUCAGCCACAAACUGGAUUGCUAAUCUGCCCAACAAUAGCUUGGCCUUCAUUCUGGCGGAUGCUGGUUAUGAUGUGUGGCUGGGGAACAGCAGAGGAAACACCUGGGCUAGAAAAAAUUUAUACUAUUCACCAGACUCAGUUGAAUUCUGGGCUUUCAGUUUUGAUGAAAUGGCUAAAUAUGAUCUGCCAGCCACCAUUGACUUCAUUGUAAAGAAAACUGGACAAGAGAAGCUACACUAUGUUGGCCAUUCCCAAGGGACCACCAUUGGUUUUAUUGCCUUUUCCACCAAUCCCCAAUUGGCGAAAAGAAUCAAAACAUUUUAUGCCUUAGCUCCAGUGGCCACUGUGAAGUACACCAAAACUCUUCUAAAUAAACUUAGCCUUGUCCCUACGUUCCUCUUCAAGAUUAUAUUUGGUAACAAAAUAUUCUACCCACACAACUUUUUUGAUAAUUUUCUUGCUACUGAAGUGUGUAACCGUGAGACACUGAAUCGCCUCUGCAGCAAUGCCUUAUUUAUCAUCUGUGGAUUUGACACGAAGAACUUGAACAUGAGUCGUUUGGAUGUGUAUUUAUCACAUAAUCCAGCAGGAACGUCCGUUCAAAAUGUACUCCACUGGAGCCAGGCUGUUAAGUCUGGGCGAUUCCAAGCAUUUGACUGGGGAAGCCCUGCUCAGAACAAGAUGCACUAUAAUCAGCCUACCCCUCCCUACUACAAUGUGACAGCCAUGACUGUGCCAAUUGCAGUGUGGAGCGGUGGAAAUGACUGGUUGGCUGACCCACAAGAUGUUGAUAAUUUGAUUCCAAAGCUCACUAAUCUCAAAUACCACAGAAAGAUUCCCCCUUACAACCAUUUGGACUUUAUCUGGGCAAUGGAUGCCCCUCAAGAACUUUACAAUGAAAUUGUUUCUAUGCUGGCAGAAGAUACAAAGUAGUUCUGGAUUUAAAGAUUUCACCAUUUCUUUAAAAAAAAUCCUUUAUUUUCUCACAUACAGUUUUCUGUCAUACUGGAGAUGCAGUGCUUCUUUCUACAAACUGAAUUUAGAAAUAAAUUGGCAUC